AUGGCAGAGUUCACAAGUAAUAGUGUUGAGGAGUAUUUCAAAGAAAAGACCAUUUUAAUUACUGGUGCAACUGGAUUCUUAGCCAAAAUUCUCGUGGAGAAGAUAUUGAGGGUUCAACCCAACAUAAAAAGGUUAUACCUUGUUGUGAGAGCAUCAAAUCCACAUAUAGCUGUCCAACGCUUGCAUAAUGAGGUCUUUGAGAAGAAAUUGUUCAAAAUGCAAAAAGAUAAGUGGGGUGAAAAAUUCAGCUCUUUUUUAGCCGACAAAGUGGUGGCAGUUGCAGGUGAUGUUUCUCUUCACAAUUUCGGAAUCAAAGACCAAAUCCUCAUUGAAGAGAUGUUGGAUGCGAUUGAUAUUAUAGUGCACACUGCGGGAACUACUACACUUGAUGAAAGAUUUGAUGUUGCAAUGGAUACAAAUACAAUGGGAGCUUAUAAUGCUAUAAACUUUGCUAAAAUGUGUCAUAGAAUAGAAGUUUUUCUUCAUGUAUCAACCGCUUAUGUUUGUGGAGAAGCAAAAGGAUUAAUACCUGAGGAAUCAUUCCGUAUGGGCCAAACACUAAAAAGCUCUUUAGAAUUGGACAUCAGCUUAGAAAAGCAGUUGAUUGAGGAAAAACUUAGUGAACUCCAAGAACAAAAUGCCAAUCAAGAAACAAUCACCUCAAUAAUGAAAGAAUUUGGAGCUUCUAGGGCAAAUUUGUAUGGAUGGCCAAAUACGUAUACAUUUACAAAAGCCAUGGGAGAAAUGCUUGUGAUGAGCAUGAAGGGAAAUAUACCAUUGAUCAUCACACGUCCUACUGCUGUGAUUGGCACUCAUUCAGAACCUUUUCCGGGUUGGAUUGAAGGUGUUAGAACUAUAGACUUUGUGUUUGUUGAGUAUUUCAAAGGAGCAAUAACUAGUUUUGUUGGUCAUCCAAAUAUAACUAUGGACCUGGAUUCAAGGUUGAAGAGGACAAUGAAUCUUUAUAGGCCUUAUGGUCUCUUCGAGGGCAUUUUUGAUGAUGAGAACACAGAGAAGCUGCGAAUAGCAAUAAAAGGAGUUGGCAAGAUGGAUAAGGAAUAUAACUUUGAUCCUAAGAGCAUUGAUUGGAAGGACUACUUGAUGAAUGUUCAUUUCCCAGGUCUAAUUAAGUAUACUAUGCAACCAAAGAUGUAA